AUGUCUCUCUCGGCCUCCCCCGCCCCCGGCCUCCUCCUCCUCCCCCUCCUCCUCUUCCUCCUCCCGCUGCCUCCCUGCCAGACGGAGUCCCAGCGCGGCGACCUCAGCAGCGGCCCAAGCAUCGACCCCGAGUACCGAGCGGUCUCGCCCUCCAUGUUCCCCUCCUCCUUCCCGGCUUCCGCGUCAUACAGCAACAGCACCCGGCCUGGCAAAAACGACAAGUGCGACGAAGUGUCGGUGUGCAGGCCCGGCAUCCUGCUGCCCGUCUGGCGGCCAAACCGGCCCGGGCUCGGAGACCAGGUGGCCAGAGCCGUGGUCUACUUUGCGUCGCUCAUGUACAUGUUCCUGGGAGUGUCCAUCAUCGCAGACCGCUUCAUGGCGUCCAUAGAGGUCAUCACGUCCCAGGAGAAAGAGGUGACCAUCACUCUGCCGAACGGGGAGACGUCGGUGGCGACGGUUCGAAUCUGGAACGAAACGGUGUCCAAUCUGACACUCAUGGCUCUCGGCUCCAGCGCUCCGGAGAUACUGCUGUCUGUUAUAGAGGUGUGCGGCCACGACUUCAAGGCCGGCGAGCUGGGCCCGGCGACCAUCGUCGGCAGCGCCGCCUUCAACAUGUUCGUGAUCAUCGGGAUCUGCGUGUGGACGAUCCCCGCCGGAGAGACCCGCAAGAUCAAGCACCUCCGGGUGUUCUUCAUCACCGCCUUCUGGAGCAUCUUCGCCUACAUCUGGCUCUUCCUCAUCCUGUCCGUCAUGUCGCCGGGUGUUGUGGAGGUGUGGGAGGCCCUGGUCACCCUGCUGUACUUCCCUGUGUGUGUCAUCCUGGCCUGGAUCGCCGACCGCCGCCUCCUCUUUUACAAGUACAUGGGCAAACGCUACCGGGCCGACAAGCGCCACGGCAUCGUCGUGGAGACCGAGGGAGACCUGACGCCCAACAAGGGCGGCAUGGAGAUGAUCGUAGACGGCAAGUUCCCGCCGCGGGGGGGCGCCGUGAUGCCUGCCGAGAACUGCGGGGUCGGGACCCAGGACGGCAUGUCCAAUAACGUCGGCCUGCCCAACUCCAACAGCGCCAUGGUUAACAUGGAGAGCAGCAAGGAGCUGGACGAGAGCCGCAAAGAGGUGAUUCGUAUCCUGAAGGAGCUGAAGCAGAAAUAUCCGGACAAAGAGCUGGACCAGCUGGUGGAGCUGGCCAACUACUACGCUCUGCUGCACCAACAGAAGAGCAGGGCCUUCUACCGCAUACAGGCGACCCGCAUGAUGAUCGGAGCCGGUAACGUCCUGAAGAGGCACGCGGCCGACAACGCGCGGCGCACGGCGGCGACCGACGAGGAGGCGCCGGAAGAAGAAGACCUGGGAGAGAGCAGCCGCAUCUCCUUCGAGAGCGCCCACAGCCAGUGCAUGGAGAACUGCGGCACGCUGACGCUGGCCGUGGUCUGCCACGGGGGUCUGGGAGAGAACACCUUCUACGUGGACUACAGGACGGAGGACGGCUCAGCCAACGCCGGCUCGGACUACGAGUACCGCGAAGGAACGCUGGUGUUCAAGCCCGGAGAGACCCGCAGGGAGAUUAAGGUCGGUAUAAUCGACGACGACAUAUUCGAAGAGGACGAGCACUUCUUCGUGCGCCUGCUGAACCUGCGCGUGGGCGACGCGGAGGGGAUGUUCGAGAGCGACGAGGCGGGCGCCGCCCCCAAAGGUCGCCUGAUGGAGCCUCUGGUCGCCACGGUGACCAUCUUGGACGACGACCACGCCGGCAUCUUCACGUUCAGUGAGCGCAUGGUGCGGGUGAGCGAGAGCGUGGGCACCAUGGAGGUGACGGUGGUGCGCAACUCCGGCGCCCGCGGCACCGUCAUCCUGCCGUACCACAGCGAGUCGGGCACCGCCAAGUCUGGCGAGGACUUCGAGGACGCCCGGGGAGAGCUGGAGUUCACCAACGACCAGACCACUCAGACAUUCCAGGUGAGGAUAAUUGAUGACGGUGAAUACGAGAAACAUGAAAACUUCUUCAUCGUGCUGGAGGAGCCACGCUGGCUGAAGAGAGGAAUCUCAGCGCUGCUGCUCAACCAAGAGGGGGCAGAGGGCCAGAUGAGCUCCGAGGAGGAGGAGGCCCGGAGGAUAGCUGAGAUGGGGAAGCCCAUCCUGGGAGAGCACAGCCGCCUGGAGGUGGUCAUCGAGGAGUCCUAUGAGUUCAAGAGCACCGUGGACAAGCUCAUUAAGAAGACCAACCUGGCCCUGGUGAUCGGCACACACUCCUGGAGGGAGCAGUUUGUGGAGGCGGUCACUGUCAGCGCAGGUGACGGAGACGAGGAGGAGGAGGGCCGCGAGGAGCGCCUUCCGUCCUGCUACGACUACGUCAUGCAUUUCGUCACCGUCUUCUGGAAGGUCCUGUUCGCCUGCGUCCCGCCCACGGAGUACUGGAACGGCUGGGCCUGCUUCCUGGUCUCCAUCAGCGUCAUCGGCCUCCUCACCGCCUUCAUCGGCGACUUGGCGUCGCACUUCGGCUGCACCGUCGGCCUCCGGGACACCGUGACCGCCGUGGUGUUUGUGGCACUGGGAACCUCCAUUCCAGACACCUUCGCCAGCAAAGUGUCCGCCAUGCAGGACCAGCACGCCGACGCGUCCAUCGGCAACGUCACCGGCAGCAACGCCGUCAACGUGUUCCUGGGCAUCGGCGUGGCGUGGUCGGUGGCCGCCAUCUACUGGCGGAUCAAGGGGGAGGAGUUCAGGGUGGACCCGGGCUCGCUGGCCUUCUCUGUCACGCUCUUCACCGUAUUCGCUUUCGUCUGCAUGGGCGUGCUGAUGUACCGACGCCGGCCCUCCAUCGGCGGCGAGCUCGGCGGCCCGAGGAGGGCCCGCCUGGUCACCAGCCUGCUGUUCCUGGGCCUGUGGUUCCUCUACAUCCUCUUCUCCAGCCUGGAGGCCUACUGCCACAUCAGCGGCUUUUAAAGAAAACGGGAGAAAAUGUUUACGGAACAACAGCAACACACACACAUACACACACUUCAACACUCAGCGGUACACAGGUCCACAUGAAACAAGUGUAAGGUUCAUCUGUUUGAUAGGGCCCCCCCUCCCCUGGCCUGGCCUUUGACGCGGGGAUACUGAUGUUCUCUUUCUCACACACACACACACACACGCACACACACACACACUCACUAUAUGUGCGCAUGUGUAAUCAGAUCAUGACAAAACACCCGCACCAUGACGUCAGGGCGAGAGGAAGUGUGAGUGAGGGGUGCCGUAAGGUUCGCAGAGAGGGGAGACAAAGAUUAUGAAGUUGAGAUUUUGAAAAGGAGGUCACCGAAGGUCACGCGUCAGAACCGAACAAAGGAGAAACAGAAAGCAAAAAAACCUCUCUCCUCCGUAUCGACCGUCUUUUCCCGCGCUGCUUUGCGUCUCUUCUCCGCUGAGGAGAAAAUGCUGUGUAGACAAAAAAACUAAACAAAAAGUACAAAAAAGGAGUGGAAUGUUUACAACAACAUUAAGCUUGUUUACCACGGCGGGUUAUCGUAAAGCGGCGGUGCUCGUCUGACACGCCGUGGAGCUGAAGGCCGUUCUCCACACACGCUGUACGUACUCAAAACCCAUGUACUCGUUUGUAUUUACACAUAGAGGGUCGUGUUUUCAGCAGCUGGAGAAAAAGAAAAGGAAAACAGGCUUGAACGCCACACGUUCCCAUACGUUUAGAAAGUGCAGACGACAUGUUUUUUUUGGGCAACAUACGAUAAGACUUAAGUCUUAGCUGACCAAACAAAAACAAAACAAUAAGCUGGUGAAAUGUUAAGUUAAUGAAGAGCCAUAUCUCCCUGGCGUCCCGCGGUCCUCUCAGCUGCAUCUCUGGUUUUAAUGGCAGCCACAGCAUUGCUCUGACUUAGACGUUUGUGUAUCAAAACCUUUUUCUUUUUUGCAUGAUGUGUCGUCGGAUACGGAGCAACUUUUACACAACGGGUCACAAACAUGUUAUGUAAAAUAGAGGAAUGAUUAGAAUUCACUGUAAAUUCCAUUUGUGUGUCAGCUGGUCCGUCAUGUUACAUGUUCUUGUAUAAAGCUGUGUGUGCAUGUGUGUGUGUGUGUGUGUGUGUGUGUGUGUGUGUGGAGUGCAAUCAAAAUGCUUUUUGCUCCAUCCAGAGGGACUCGUACCCCAACAGACUGAUCCCUCACCUGUAGUGACGGCAGCUCGGGGUCACACAAACACGGAAGCGUGGACUUAACAGUGUUAGUUUACUCUCAAGAGCGAAGCCUCUGAAGCCACUGAGUUCAAAUGAACGCCAUUAAAAAAUAAGAAAUUCCAGUCGUUUACGUUCAGCCUCCAGCAUAUUGCGCAACACUUUUAGUUCGGACGCAGGACCACACUGACGCUUCAGCGAUGGCACCCAUUCAAUGCCUUAAGGAGAACUCUCACGUAAACAAUCUAGUAUUCGAGCUUUCAGCUGUACAAAAGCUGCACUUUAAUUUAAUGCGAUGUAAAACGCGCUGUGUUUUAUCUGUAGUCGACAAACUGUUAAUUAAGUGUGAUGGGAAAACGAUGAGCCGUCUUAAUGUUCCACCCGGCUCACAGCUGACUGAUGUAGCCCAUUUAAAUGGAGUCUGCACACUGUUUAGCAAACUAACCACGGUCUAUCUAAUGUUUACAGUCAUUGAAGUCAUAGAACCACCGCUUAGGCGAUAGGGAAACCCCGUUUAGAAUACACUGCACAUGUUGCUCAGUAUUGCAUGGCGGAGCUAGAAACAUGUUCACAAACUACUGAAACAUCUCUGCUAGUGGUUGGAUCGGUGGCAGCAUCUCAACGCUGAUAGGUUUUAGUGAAACAGCGUGACGCAAAUUUACCACCAGAAUAGAAAUAUUUCAACUUGCGCGAAUGAAGCAAAUUUUCGAGAUUUUGGCGUCUUUGCAUUGAUUUUGUACGAAAUCUACUCGCAAAAACUUUUUAUCAUAAAGCUUAGUGCGUGAAAUAAAAUGAAGGGAAAAAACAACAACAAAAACGUUGAAUGUAGCGAGCCAUGUGCAACACCGCGGGACGCUAGCUGUUAGCUUAAUACCGUCGCGAACCCAGCAUCCUUUUCUACACAAGGAAGGUUUAUACACAUCAAAGGUGACGUUCUAAUUACCGUCAAAUCAAAUAUUUACCUUCUGUACGUUCCACAAACGAUAAGCGCUAUAGAAUAUUAUCAGAAAAUAUUUGCUUUGUUUUUUUCCCUUAAACCAACUAUAUACUUUGUAAAACUUUCUAAAGCAGAUUUUGUAUGUUUUCCUUACAGAUACAGCCAAGGCAGAUUGUUUUGUACUUCUAAACGACGUUUAUAUAUAUCUAUAUAUAUCUAUAUAUAUAUCUAUAUAUAUACAUAUCCACUUGGUAAUGUAGGUUACACCGUAACUGGGUUUAGCGGAUUAGAUUUUGAUACAUUUUCCACAGCGAGGAGGUUCCCCUCCGCUCUCACAGAGUAAUGUUUCAUACCCAAAACCCAUCGACUACCGCAGUGCGAGGUUAUUUAUUUAGAUACCUAUUUAUUUAUUUACGAGAAGAGGAUUUAUCUAUGAAUGAGCAGUGACCGCAGGUCCUUGAGGCGAACAGCUUGGAGGAGAGUUGUGGUUUCGAUGUGCAAUACGGGACAAAAAAUAUUACACGUUCUAGUUCGCUUUUGAGACGAGAGGUCAGUUCACACCUUUGUUGUUUGUUUUCUCUUCCUGCUCCAGUGUUUGUUGUAUCCCUCCGCCGACGCUCUUUUCGCCGUUCGGGUUCUUGGAGGAGGAUCUAUUUUCAUUUGUUUAGGAGUGUAAGUAGCAUGUUUACAUGAGGGAACAGUGUGGAGCGCUGUCAGCGUCCCAGCUAAAGAAGCUUAAGAAGAACUUUCUGUAGAUAUUAAUGGUGGCAGCGGGGGGCAGGUGAGGUUGUAACAGUAGCAUAACUGUAGUGUCCUCACUGAACCACCUGGUGGGACCAAGAGCACGCACACACACACACACACACGCACACACACACACACACACACACAGAGGACUGCUGUGGAAUGGCUGGGCGAAAAAUGAUCAGCACCGAGGGUGUCCCUGGCUCCGCCCCCGAAAACGGAACAAUGUCCGGACUACUUUUGCCAUGAACUUCUGUUACUACUUACCGCCUGGCUUCGGCCCCUUGCUGUUCUGUAGCUAGAUGUGAUGCCUCCCCAUCCAGCAUCUCCUCCUCCUCCAAGUGUGCGUCCGUGUUCUCUUCGCCCAUUCGUGUCCUUCUGCAAGAUGCAUGUUGAAUCCCCCCCUCUCUGUGUACGUGUGUUAGUAGCAUGGUCUACAUGUGAUGGACGCCUC